GACUUUCAGGAGUAAAAAGUCGAUUUUGGUCGAUAGUCGAAGUCGACUUUGCCAUCCCUACAAUGUAUUGGAUGAUUUCCGUGAAAAUACCAUCAAAUGAUUUUCGUGAUUAUAAACUAAAAAAUGUUUAAAAAUGCAUACAUGCAUGAGGAAACCCCAUACAUCAAAUUGGUUUUGUUAUGGAUGAUUAUUACAUUUGUUUCUGGUGCAACUAUUUUUUUGAUUGGUUUCUUUCCAAUAAAUAACUAUUCCGCAGAACAUGGUACAGGAGAGGGCCGCCCACAAAAUUUGGACGAGUUGAGAUUGAAGCCGCCGGCUCAAGUUUAUGCUCAGACUAUACUUAUGUUAGUGGAUGCACUGCGCUCAGAUUUUCCUACACCAAUGAGUAUGCCAUUUUCUUACAAAAACUCGUGCAGUAGACUUAAAUUGAGAGUCAAUAUACCUACCGUGACUAUGCCUCGCCUUAAAAGCCUAACAACUGGUACCGUUUCCAACUUCAUUGACAUCAUCCUAAACAUUGGUCAUGUCGAACAGCUGUCAGAUUCACUACUGCAUCGCCUAAAAGAACGUAAUGAAACUACGGUUUUCGCUGGUGAUCGCACGUGGAUAAGCCUAUUCCCCAAACAAUUUAAACGCUCUACAGCUAAUUUGGAUUCAUUUUUUGUAAACGACUUUUUUGAGGGCGACAAGAAUGUUACCGAGGUACUAACUAAUGAGCUUCAGCAAACAGAUUGGAUGUUGUUAGUGUUACAUUAUCUAGGUUUGGACCAUGUUGGACAUGUAGAAGGCAGUGAAAGUCCAAAAAUUCCAUUAAAGUUAAAUGAAAUGGAUGAAGUCGUGCAAAAAGUUUCUACAACAAAAAGCUUUCACAGGCAGCUACUCCUAUUGACUGGUGACCAUGGUAUGAAGGAUGGGGGUGGACAUGGAGGCAGCACUUAUGGCGAAAUGUAUGUGCCCUUAUUUGUAUUCAAGGAAAACUGUAGCACUUCAAGUAUCAAUUCUAAAGAGUAUCAUCAAAUUGACGUAGCACCUACAUUAGCAUUAUUGUGGUCUAUAGAAAUACCACCAAUGUCUAUCGGUUGUUUGAUUCCUGAGCUCUUAUCUGACCUAUCUUUCGAAGAUCAACUGUACGCGUAUUAUUACAAUGCUUUGCAUUUAGUGCGGAAAGUUGAGAGAAAAUUCGGUCAAAAAUAUAUGCAGUCCAGUUCUAAAAGAAAAUGGUUUGAACAUGCCAAGUCAGCGCAUAAACGUUUCCUUUAUCUCAAACGAAAUGAAAACUUUGGCAAUGCAUUUAUUUUCGAAGAUGCCAAAGUGCAUUAUUUACGGGUGUCACGGGAAAUUUCUGAAAAAUUAUCCGACUCUUUGGUGCGAUUCGACUAUGGACUCAUUACCAUAGGACUAAUGCUAACCACAUUGGUGGUUUUACAAACACUGGUGAUAUUUUACAAUAUAAAGGAGCACAAUUUUAUUAACGGAAAAUGCACAUUCCUUGGCGUUAUUGCAAUUGCCGUAUGCAUAUAUAAAUGGUGUUACCUCCAACGUUACCUUACUGCUAUUGGCACUGCAAGCAACUUUGGGCUUUUGCUGGCUAUAGUGACACUCGUUUACUUCAUAGUAAAUAUAGUCAACUUUUUUUGGAGCAAUUUUUAUGCUGGCAAAGAUAUCAGGAUAUCACUUCCAAGCCUUACCUGGGCGCUUUUGGGUUGCUUAAUAUUCCAAACGUUAUCAUUGGCAUCUUCGUCGUUCAUCGAAGGUGAAGAAAAAACUUGGCACUAUCUAGGUACGAGUGCAUUAAUUUUGCUGUACCUGCGAAGCUUCAGUAGAGACUUGUGGGAUAACAAACCGGAAAUGUGUGUCGGCAGCGCAGCAUUAUCGAAAAUUUUAUUUAUGAAGAUUUUAAAAUCCCGCUAUUCAUUGCUAACGAUUGCCGGCUUGGGAAUUUUAGCACGUUUUAACCUUGUCGCAUCUUACAUUAAUCAAGUAAAUUCUAAGGCAUUGUUAAGCUGUCUGUUUGCAACUGGACUUGCCCUAUUUUCGUUGUGCCUACGCCAACAGGCACUCGUUCAAACCCGUAAAGAAGUUGUGGCUUAUUCUUUAGCUGCAAUGCUGAUUUAUUGCUAUCGGGCUUCUAAAGGACGUGUUCUCUUUGUGUUUGACACAAGCUGUUGUGAUAACAUUAUUCUGAAUAUAUUUUGGCUCAUUGUCGGUAUUACCACUUGCCUUGGCUUAUCAACUGUGAUAGUAAACUCGAAACGACUGAACGGGUUCCGAACGCGCACCUACUCAACAGGUUGCAACAAUAUUCUACUUACUUCUUUACUUACGAUUUCGCUACUGCUGCAUAAACCGCACAACGCGGUUCUAGUCGCUUAUGUGAUAUACACUCUUUCAAUGACUUAUGAGUUGUGUGACAGAUUAGAUAUAAUUCUACGUACACACAAGCUCUUAGCAAAAGUCCUGUGUACUAUAUUUGUCGCAAAUAUGUUCUACUUUUAUCAGCAGUCUGUUGUGAAGUUUUCUACCCGAAAUAAUAUUACACGUGAUUUCAUUCAAUGCUUUCGCGAUCAGCCUUGUUUAUGGAAUCCACAUGACCCAGCUUAUAAUGACUUUAAGGAGCGCCGGCAAGCGAUCAUCAAAAUAAAAGACUUCUUUUUGAAUAACUAUAGUUUGCAGCUUACGGAAGGAAAAAUCAACAGUGACAUUAAACGAUUAUACAUUUUUUACAAAAGAUGCUAUUAUUCAUGCCGAGAUUUAAAUACAAUUCGUAAAUAUUAUUACGAACGCUGCAAAUUUUUAGCUGAUGCGGAAUUGGACAAUAUGCAUCUAAUACGUAGUAACGGCUAUAAGAAAAUCUCAUUUUCCGUAAGUGAUGAAUUUACACUUGGGUUUAUCGACUUCUGUGCCAUGCACCCUGUACUGUGGGACAAAACUCACCCUAAUUAUUCAGUGUUAAAUAUUCGCAAAAAAGCUUAUGAAGAAAUCGCCGCGAAUUUACAACAUAUAUACAAUGUCGAAUUCAGCCAUGAUGAGCUUUAUUACGCUAUCUCUCGGUUGAAGCAGCACUUUUAUAACUUGCAGCAAAAGAAGAUCCUAAAUGAAUCACUAACAAAAGACGAGCAGGAUUUCAUAGCACGUUGUAAUUUUCUGCCACAAUCCGACUACAAUUUACAAUGCCAUAUAUGCGAGCGUAUAUUACGCAGUAAUGCCACGUUGCAGACACAUUUGCUAAAAGUGCACAAUAUUGGUGAGCUACCACACAAAUGUGAUUAUUGUGAACAACGUUUUGCACAACGAAGUAUAAAAAGGGAGCAUCAAAUACGCGCUCAUACAAAAGAAUUCGAAUGGUUUUGUCCCUACUGUGCGAAAGGAUUUGCCAAUCGUCGUGACAUGGAAAUGCACCAAAUGGUACAUACCGGAGAGCGAAAAAGUAUUUGUGAACAUUGUGGCAAGGGCUUUCGCCUUAAGCACCAAAUGACAGAGCAUGUAAAGAUUAUGCACGAACGUUUGCGAAGAUUUAAGUGUACUAUGUGCCCUAAAGAUUUUUUGCGAAAACGUCAGUUAGACGAUCACAUACGUACACAUUUAAAUAUACGUGAUAAAAUUUGUAAUAUUUGUGGCAAAGGGUUUACAAAUAUGCAUGGCCUCUUCCGUCAUAAGCUACUGCAUUCAGAUGUUAAGCGCUAUGAAUGCAAAGUUUGUGGUGAACGCUUUCGAUUGAUUUCCGGUUUGAGCUCACAUAAAAAGCGAAAACAUAAAAUUUUUAAGCAGCAAGUAAUUUCUACAAAUGUAUUUAUUGAAGAGGAGGAGGGAGAAGAAGAAAAUGCAAACGGUAAGUGAAUGAUGAGAGUUCUUGAUUGUAGUCAAAUUUAUGUAGUAAUUGAUAUUCGACAAACUACAAAAAAAUACAGCGCAUUGAUCUCUAAUAACAAGCCUCGCUACCUGUGGGUGCCGAUUUCGGAGGCCAACCAACCACUACCAAAAGAAUCACUCGAAGAGCACUACUUGACUUUCCUAAAUGUUUUACUUCGAUAUUUCAAGUAGAUAUACAUAUGUACGAACAAGGCACAUUUCAGCUCGCUACUUCUUUGUUCUGAACUCUUUUGAUUCGAUUGAUUUUUCGUUUUGACGUUCUAUUAAAGCUGGAUAUCCUUGUUAUUAUAAUCUGACUAUUACAAAAGCAACACCGUCUAUAUCGAUUCUUCUAAAUAGGAGAGUGGGAGUAUUCUUUCGAGAAAAAAAGAAAACCUUUUGUAACAUUUUCUGUUUUUUACUUUAUUUAAUAAAUUUUUCUUAAUUUCGUGUACCACACUGCACAAAUUUUCGCCAUUUAUGACAAAUAACUGUGCGAGUUGAUAGAUAACUUGAAGUAUUUUUUAAAUUUUAAGAG